AAUCGAUUUUAGGAGUUCAAAAGGUGUGAGUGUUUCCAGCUGUUCACAUAAACAUCACUUUCUCCAGUAAACUUAUAUAAUACACUAAGGAUUUUUACUUCGUUCAACCAUUGUCAGUUUUGUUGGGUGACAAACUCAUCAGAACUCAUAAAUCACAAACAAAUAUGAUUCUCCACAUGAAGAAUAGGAUUUAAGAAGCAUUUGCCACUUCAUGAUGAAAGUAAAGCCAAAUAUGGCGCUGAGAAACUUGGGAGCAGCCUUAUCAAGGCUGUCUCUCUCUACCAUCGCUAGAGGUAGCACCUCUGCCUCAGCUGGACUUCACAGGGAUCAUAUUUCUUCUCUGCCCUUCACUGGAACAACAGCUACGUGCAGCAUCUCAUCUUGCAUGACAAGUUCUUCAGCUACAUCGUGCACCAGCAGCAGCAGUGUGGGUACAUCAGUUGUCUGCAAUGCAAUGACUCUGAACCCUCAGAUUCGAAAAUUAACAACAUCUGCGAUGCGUCCUGCAUCACUACGGCAGAUGCACCGCACUGGACCCAUCAAGAAAAUACGCAAGAAUAAGAACCCUCUAGUUGACAGGCCUUUUGCCAGAGGUGUUGUGCUAAAGACAGUGAUCAAGAAGCCCAAGAAACCCAAUUCAGCAAACCGCAAAUGUGUGUUGGUGAGGCUUACAACUGGCAGGGAGAUGAUUGCCUAUGUGCCAGGAGAAGGCCAUAACCUGCAAGAGCACAACAUCGUCUUGGUCAGACCUGGAAGGUUGCAGGACGUACCCGGAGUCAAACUUAAGUGCGUUCGUGGCAAGUACGAUCUGCAGCACGUCAUCAAGAAGGUACAAUAAAUACAGCUGUGAGAAGUUGAAUCACCAUCAAGUCAUCAAGAGGAAACAAUGACAGCUCUAUACAUCUCAUGAAAGUACUAACCUGCCUCUUUACUUCAUUAUAGGCAGAAACUAUGUGCAUAUUUUCAUUAAAUUCAACCCAUGAACACAACUGGUAGAACUAAGUAAAAUCCACUCCAAACAGAAAAAACCUUGAAACACUGAACAUAGUCAAAAUCACUUCGACAGUGUCCAACUAAACUAUCACUGCAGGUGGUGUGCACCCCUGCCUAAACUUCCAGGCCUAUAUCGAAGGGGCCAUAUUUCUGGAUAUGAAUUUGGAAAAUGCUAUUAACCCUUAAAUGGCUGCCCUCAUUAGUAAGUGAAAGUUAGCUUUAGGGAUGGCAGCCAUCAUCAAUGGACGUUUCAUGAUCCUUGCAUUCCAUUUUUGCGCAUAUGGAGCAUUGCAGGGAAUCAUGAGCCUUCGAUUAAGGGUUCAUGAUCUUGUUCUAGAUAUUCUUGAUGUGAAGAGGCAUAUUGUACCAAAUUAUACCCAAUCUACUGUGAUUGGGGCACAGUCGAUUAUGUGCUCUUAGAACAAUCCAACCCUUACAUCAGUGAUUAGAUUAGCUGAUAACUGAAGGAUAAGUGGUAAAGUUAAAUACCAGAAGUCAUUUUAUUAGUAGAACUAGAUUUUUACUGCAUGUGCUUGGGUCUCAUCAUUCAUAACUCACUGUCGAAUCCUUCCAUCACCUCCCCAAUAGAGAAGCUUGUCUCUUUAUUUCUUGAGCAGUUUGUUAUACUGUUGACUAAAAUGACAGGUGUCUUAAAAGCCAAACAUUUCUUCUCCUACUGUAGUGCAGAUAAAGUUUUGAACUUUUAACUGUGACAAUACUGUACUUGCAAGUUCAAUCUCGUAGCACAUUUUUGUACAUUGUGUAGGUAAAUUAUUAAAAUCUACAAGAGGGAAAAUGAUAUUAGUACAUGUGAAAAGUUAAAAUUAAAACUGGAUUUGUUGUUCAGUAUUGCGUAAAAAUGUUUCUUGUGUAAUAAAUAACUGAAAAUGA